CAAAUCGACCACGAUUUCACGUUCGACGACUUCAAGUACGAAAAGGAAGUUCACUAUCAACCAUGUGUCAGGGUUUCAAUUUACUUUAAGAAGAAAAAGGGCGUCUCUCUCGAGCACUUCACCCAACACUGGGCUCACGUCCAUGCUGACAUGACGCUCGCCUCGAAGAAAUUUGGCCUCUUCAGGGUCCAAAGAUACACUCAGCAUCACCAACUCCCUGGGAUGAAGGAGGGGCUUGCCAGGAUGAGCAUGAACGCAAUGGAGUUUGACGGAUGCUCGACGCUGUGGUUCAAAAAGUGGGAAGACUUUGAGAAUUUCUUCACGAGCCCCGAAUACGAAACCAACUUGACAGACGACUGCAAACACUUCAUG